GCGUGUACGCGACUAAGCGCUGAUCUACGGUACCGGAUUGGAUCGCGAGUUCUACGAUGCGGGUUCGGUGCACCGCUGUUUGCGUCUUUUACGGACGGAAGCGACAUAGCUUAACUUGAACCAGGUAACACCGCACCUGAAACACAGCGAUCCAACGUUUCACCCAUGUCCAUUUUAUGUCCUCGGCAUAGCUGUCGCGUUGGCACUGCUGCGGCGGUAUCAUAGGGGAGAAAAAAACGCACUAAUCGAAGUUCCUAAGCCUAAACCCGGAGUGCAGCUCCGCUGCUUCACUGCUCACCGGUUCGUCGCACGGAAGGAAUUGAGGUAUGCAGUGGACACUACGAUAUCUGCGAGACAAGAGAGGACAACGUUAACGCUCUCGACGUAACGAGAUCGACGCCUUCACGGCGUCGGCAGCGACCGCUGCGCGAUGCUCGAGCCGUCGUCUUCAGAAGAAGAAGGCAGCGAUAAUGAGACCGUGGAAGAUGAAAGCUCGGAAACGACGAUCCUUUCGUCUUCUGCCACCACUUUGGAGUUACCUAGAAGCGUUAGCGUCACUCGAAGUCUUUCCCCCGCGAGCGCCGUCGGCGAAACCCUCAGCGUUACUAGCGUCGUCAGUCAGUCUCGUUCUAACAGCCUAGCUCGGCCUUCCAGCCCAAGCCCUUCGCUGGUUAGCGAGAAGGAUAAGGAAGAUGGGGACAAGGCGGAACGGGAAGAAGAAGAACGUAAGAAGCGACUCCAACUGUACGUGUUCGUGCUGCGGACGGUCGCCUACCCGUUCAACGCAAAACAGCCGACGGACAUGACUCGCAGGCAGACGAAGAUCACAAAGCAACAACUUGAGAUGAUACAGAACCGCUUCCAGGCAUUCCUGAAAGGCGAAACCCAGAUAGCAGCAGACGAAGCAUUCCAGAACGCGGUGCAAAGCUACCACGAGGUGUUCCUACGCAGCGACAGAGUGCAGCGCAUGGUGCAAAGCGGAGCAUGUUCGGCUCACGACUUUCGGGAGGUGUUCCGCAGCAACAUCGAGAAGCGCGUCCGAUCGUUGCCGGAGAUCGACGGGUUAAGCAAGGAGACGGUGCUCACCUCGUGGAUGACAAAGUUUGACGCAAUAUUUCGCGGAGACGAAGACACGCGCAAGAUGCAGAGUCGGCUACCCCACGGCGGAGCGGCUGCCGCGGCUUCCGAACUGGUGCUGAGCAAGGAGCAGCUCUACGACAUGUUUCAGAAUGUGCUGUGCAUUAAGAAGUUUGAACAUCAACUGCUCUACAAUGCACUUCAGCUCGACUCAGCAGAUGAACAGGCUGCGGCUAUUCGACGAGAACUUGACGGAAGGGUACAAAAAGUGAACGAGAUGGAAAAAAACCGCAAGUUGAUGCCAAAGUUUGUGCUGAAGGAAAUGGAAAGCCUGCACAUUGAAGAGCUCCGCUCAUCUAUCAACCAGCUAAUGGUGAACCUCGAAAGCCUCCCCGUGUCUAAGGGCAGUGCCGAGAGCAAGUACGGCCUGCAGAAGCUCAAACGUUACAACCACAGUGCCCCGAAUGCUGACUCUGCGUGCGAUUGUGUGGUCAAGUAUCUGCAAGCGCCCCUGUGGAUUGUUGCUUAUGAUGCCAUCCUCUUUGCAUGUUCAAGCAUGAGCCAGGCCUCCCUUUCCAAGGAGGGCCUGUCGGAAGACACUGAGACGACCCUGUCGAAACUGGAUAUCGUCCUGUCCUUCACGCUCGAGGUGGUUGUUAUGGAAGUAAAAGGGCUGAAAUCUGUGGCUCCCAACCGCAUUGUCUACUGCACAAUGGAAGUGGAGGGUGGUGAGAAGCUACAGACUGAUCACGCCGAGGCUUCAAAACCCAUGUGGGACACUCAAGGGGACUUUACCACCUCGCAUCCCUUACCCAUCGUAAAGGUGAAAUUAUACACAGAGAGCCCGGGGCUGCUCAGCCUAGAUGACAAAGAACUGGGCAAGGUGAUAAUAAGGCCCACACCUCUGAGCAGCAAAGCUCCCGAAUGGUACCGCAUGACGGUGCCAAAAAACGCCCCCGACCAAGACCUGCGCAUCAAGAUCGUCGUCCGCAUGGAUAAGCCACAAAACAUGAAACACUGCGGUUACCUCUACGCUCAAGGAAAACAGGUGUGGAAAAAAUGGAAGAAGCGGUACUUUGUCCUGGUGCAGGUUUCCCAGUACACUUUUGCAAUGUGCAGCUUCCGAGAAAAGACCUCAGUACCCACAGAACUGCUCCAGCUAGAUGGUUAUACCGUAGACUACACAGAGGCCAUGCCAGAGGCAGAAGGCGGCCGGUUCUUCUUCAAUGCUGUGAAGGAGGGGGACAGUGUGGCCUUUGCAAGCGACGACGAGAAUGAAUGCCACCUGUGGGUGAUGGCCAUGUACCGAGCAACGGGACAGUCCCACAAACCCACCCCCCUUGUUCAACCUCUGGCCAGCAAAAACUCUACCAUCUCUCGUAUGCAAGGAGACACAGAACGAGCACGGAAACAUGGCAUGGACGAGUUCAUCUCCGCUGACCCAAAUCGUUUCGACCACCACGGCUUGUUCCGCAUGUUGCAGACACUUUCGCUUGAUUAUCGUCUCAACGACCCUUACUGUUCUCUGGGUUGGUUCAGCCCAGGACAGUUGUUUGUGCUGGAUGAAUACACGGCGCGCUACUGCGUGCGCUCCUGUUUUCGUCACCUGUGCUACCUCAAUGACCUGCUGGACAGGGCCGAGAAAGGCGUCAUGAUUGACCCCACGCUCAUCCACUACAGCUUUGCCUUCUGCUCAUCACACGUGCAUGGAAACAGGCAAGCACCAUUGUUACCUCAAGAAAACGUUAGCCCCGACGAGUUCAAACCCGACGGCAUAGGAACCGUUACUGUAGAAGAAAAGGACAUGUUCGCCCAAAUCAAAGAAAGAUUGAGGAUUCUGCUGGAACAUCAGAUAACACAUUUUCGGUACUGUUUCCCGUUUGGAAGACCUGAAGGAGCUCUAAAGGCAACAUUGUCUUUGCUGGAGAGGGUGUUGAUGAAGGACGUGAUGACUCCCGCACUGCCCGAGGAGGUGCGCGGCAUCAUUAAGAAGUGUCUGGAGAACGCGGCCCUCGUCAACUACACCCGCAUCUCGGAGCAGGCCAAGCUAGAGGGACACAAUCAGGCUGAGCCUGACAUGCAAGACCAGGAAUAUCACUCAACUCUGGACCCGAUGCUGGCACCCAGCAAGAAGCUGGAAGGGCUGAUUCAUCUGGCUGAACUGUGCGUCGACCUGCUCCAACAGAACAACGAGCACUACUCCGAGGCAUUUGCUUGGUUUAGCGACCUGCUGGUGGAGCAUGCCGAGAUCUUUUGGUCCCUGUUUGCGGUGGACAUGGACUCUGUGCUGGCCGAGCAACCGCCCGACACUUGGGACAGCUUUCCCCUCCUGCAGGUGCUCAACGACUAUCUGCGCAUCGAUGAAAACCUGUGCGGAGGACGUUUCCACCAGCAUUUGAGAGACACCUUCGCGCCUCAGGUGGUGCGCUAUGUUGAUGUGAUGGAGUCUUCCAUUGUACAGUCGCUGCACAAGGGAUUUGAGAAGGAACGUUGGGAACUUAAGGGGAACGGUUGCGCGUCCUCGGAAGAGUUGUUCUGGAAGCUGGAUGCACUGCAGUCUUUCAUUCGAGACUUGCAUUGGCCAGAUGAGGUGUUUGCCAAACAUCUGGAGCAGAGGCUGAAGCUGAUGGCCUGUGAUAUGAUGGAGUCUUGUAUUAAUAGGACUCUGCAAGCAUUCCAGCAAUGGCAGAAGCGUGGCAGCAAGUGGACCAGCACUGACUACAUUGUCCCCUCUGAAAUGUGCGCUAUGAUUAAUGUGGCCCUGGAAGCCAGGACACAGUCGCUGAAACUAUGUACAGUUGAUGGUGCAGAUGUGCAUCAGUACCACAGCAAAAUAGAUCAGAUGGUGGAUAGAACCCUCCAAGAAAUGCAAUCUGGACUGAUAGGCAAGCUGACCAGCAUCUUGGAAGCCACACUGAGCAAACUGUCUCGUUAUGACGAAGGCAGCCUCCUCGCCCCCAUCCUCUCACUCACAUAUCGGCAAGGAAUGUCCAGCUCGGGCAAAGAAGUGGGGCAGACCUACGUCAACUUUGUGCGCAACAGCAUGGAGCAACUCCGACAGAAAGUUAGCGACGAGCUUUGGGUGCUCGCGCUAUUUGAGCAAUGGUACUCUGCCCAAAUGAGUAUGCUGUGCUCUUGGCUGUCAGAGAGACUGGACCACGGUCUCCAUUCGUUCCAGCUAUCGGCACUGCUGCACAUUGCUCGGAAACUGUACUCGGACUUUGAGCUGCAAGGCAUCGAAGAAGAGAAGCUCAACUCCAAAGUGUACCAGACAGUUUGCAGCCGACUCCAGCUGGAAGAGGCUGCAGCAUCGGUGUCUGAUGGAAGCAGUCGCGAAAAAGAGGAUGCUGAGGACUAUCCGGAGACGGGGAUUGACGACUCGCGUCCCAAGCUGUCCGCCAUACUCCAGGACAGCGGGGGCGAAGGGGCAGAGGGCUACGUCAGCCGCAUCCAAAACGUCACCCAAAACGUGACCGGACGCAUCUCGACGCUGGCCCGAGGCGUCGGGGGCUUCGCAAACAAGUUCUCCGGGGGUUUCUUGAAUUUCUGAAGCUCCCACCCUCCGUGUCUCCAGUUGGACAGACGAUUGUUGUCCUGCCUGCUUCUAGGACUAUAAGUCGGCACUAGAGCGGAACUGCAGUGGACAACCAUUGCCAACUCUUCGCCCAUCACCUGAGCCGUGGAAGCGAUAAAGUGCCACUGUGUACAGCCGGACUGCAGUUCGUCACUGCGAGCGUCCCACCAUCGGGGGCGGUAAACUCUCGUUAUAACGGUGCAGACGAGCCUCGCAGCCUACUUAAUUACCUUUUUACCUUUCGUGAGGUGUCAUUUCUUUUUUGUUUGUUUUUUUACCACAAGAAAGUGAAUCCAACAAUAUCGAAUGGUUCGCUGCCUUAUGGUACUCUCGCGCUGUCGUCGUCGUAAUCUAGCAACGUGCAUUCAUCACCCAUUUUCGCUCGACUUGUGUUUGUGAGAAUGCCGUGCAUAUUUUGUUAUAAACAAACAAACAAACCACUUAUAACGAGAGGUUACCAUGGCUAAAAAAAGCAUUUUUUCGAACUGGCAAGAGGAACCUCACUACAAAGAAUAUUUUCUGGGCCUCUUGCCAUGCUACAUUGUGCUGGAGCCGUUUCACGAUAAUUUUGCUGCAACCGCACUACAUUUUGCAUCUGAUUCUUGCAGUGAGGCUCCACUCAACGUUCCCACAAUAGUCUAUUCGAGUGCGGCUUUUCGAUCACAGCAUCUUUUCGGCACGUUCUGUCUGGGAGAAACGCUGCCGUCGCUUUCCGGGGUUGACCACGACGAAAGCGCAAUUGACGACGUAACGCGCGUAAUGUUGUGGAGGCACAACGCGCGGGACAGUACAGUUGAUAGUGACGCCGUAAUGCAUCUCACACGGGUGGAAACAACCAUGCCAGGAUGGCCAGGAUCAGUUGUUUAAUUGUAAGCGCAUACAUAUCAGUUCUGAGCGGGUCGACCAAACUGCCUGCAUUGCUUGGUUAAUUUAAAGACUGGGUUGUGACCAGUAAAGAAGGAUUUAAGGCAGUCUAUUCUUACUUGCCAAUUUACUCUUAGAAAGUGACCUGUCAAGAUAUAUCAGUCUCACAGUCUUCCACGGAAGUCAUUUUCACAAAAUGUCUUUUUCUCCCGACUCAAAAUUUCGUAAGGCAACCAGAUUCGAAGCAGUGUUCAGUACUGAUGUGCACACAAAGGUUCCAUCACUUUUACAAAAAUUGUACUUUGAAUGAUCUGCACGUUAAUUGACCUUUAAUUAACCGUUAAUUGACGCAAAUUUCAGAAAUACGCUACUUGCCAUCCUGGCCUGGCCUUGGAAUUUGUGAAAUACCCUGGCAAUAGUAUCCCUGCAGCCUCUCUUCAGUGUACCUAUGAAAAUAAAGAAACUAAGCACUAAGAUAUAUAGCACGUACUAAGGAAUAGCGUGUGUCUGUAGUGUGAGAUUCACAUUACCAUAAAAGACUCCUCUCACUGUAAAAAAAAGUAACGACUUUUAGAGAAGCUAGAAGCACUCGCUUGAGUAGAGAGAACUGAGAUUAAAUUUGUUGCUCUACUAUUUGUGUAUAUCAUUGACAAAAAAGAAAAAAAAUUGAGCUGGACUUUGCUGUGAGGAGUAUCAAAUUUUUUUUCACUGAUCUCUCUCCAAUAUGAUCUCCCUAACUUUUAUAGAUAUAUACGUAAUAAUGCAUUUCAGUAGCAAGAAUGAGGUGUUGUUAAGGAAGGGGAAAAAAAUCUCUGUAGUCUCUAUACAAAAAAAAAAAAAAACAAGUUCCUUGGUCAGCCUUAUCAUUGUAAGAAUGGUAUUUUGAAGUGAACAUAUUCCCAUUAAGUAUGACAUUAUAUCUCAUCAGGUAUAGCAUGUAUGAGUCAUGUAACUCAUGAGUCAUGUAACUCAUGAGUCAUGUAACUCAUGAGUCAUGUAACUCAUGAGUCAUGUAACUCAUGAGUCAUGUAACUCAUGAGUCAUGUAACUCAUGAGUCAUGUAACUCAUGAGUCAUGUAACUCAUGAGUCAUGUAACUCAUGAGUCAUGUAAGUCCAACAAAAAGAUUAAUUUUGGAGUACAAAUAAUCAAAAUGUUUGUCUCUGCAUAUUGAAUAAUGAGCACCCUGUAAUUCACAGUGAUGCAAAAACCAUGUAGGUAUGGGUAAAACUCUGCAAAAGGGAAAAAAAAAAAAAUGAAAUGUGGGUGCUGAAGCCAUGGACAGUGAAUGCUUCCUGCUGCGAACUGAAGUUUCCAUCUGUGAUAUCGUCAGAAUUCUUGGUGACUGAUGUUAAGCUCAUAAGAAACGAAAUUGGAGAUUUGUUGCAGAAGUACACAUGUACACAAAUAAACCAGACAUUCAAGGGUGUCCAUCCAAACAAAACUGAAUCCAGUUAUCAAAAAUACUCACUUUCGAUUCAGAAUUAGAACACCUUAUCAGAUCGCGCUUGCUUCAAAAGAUUAUCCUCGCAGGAGAAAACGCAUGACUGUCGCUUUCACAUUGUCCUGUACCUCACCUUUGCCACAAAAAAGAAGAAAAAAAAAAGAAAAGGAAAGAAUUCGGACCAUCAGUUCCCGCAUUUUCGUACGAUCAAAGACCCCCCUCACAACAAAGUUCCACUGCACUUUCUAUAGUAGCUUUGAUGAGCUAUAAGCUAUAUAGACUCUAAGAACUUUACAAAUAGGGUCAACUUGUCAGAAUCUCGAUGUCUAGUUGAUAUUAACGAAACGUUAUCUUUGACCGCAACCGAGUCCGCCCAUCUCGUCACCGUCUUGUGGUGAUUUGAUCUCGGCGAAGACAAGAUUAUCUAUCUCGGUGCUGCCUCUCCACACUCAGACACUCUGCUAGUGUACAUGUAUAAAUAUACAUAUAUAUGAAAAAAAAAAACUAAAUCCAGACAACGAACGUUCUAUACCUUGUUUCCGCAUUUUUCGGUAGGACAGCUGACCUUUGAUUUGUCUAUCUCUUUGUGGCGUCCGUUAGUGGAAGUACAGGAGGGCCUUUCAUUAAGAUUUUUUUUGCAACAACAAAAAAAAAAUAGUGUCAUGUGUCUUGUUGGUGUCUCUCCUAGCUCCACUUUGAUCUGUGAACUCUCUCUCUCUCUCUCUCUUUUUCUCGCUAGAUACCAUGGGGCUAUUAUCUUUUUUCUUCUUUUUUUUUUUUUCCCAUGCACUCAUUUUUGUGCUUUCUCAAAUUGUGUGUGUUGUUACUGUGGUGUUCUUCACUGGUCUGUUAAGAGGGAAUGGCACAGCGUAAGGCUUCGUAGAAUCUACGUGUGACUUUCUACCUGCAAUUGUGAUUUCUCUUGAUUUGAUUCAAUUCUGAUUUUUCUCAAACACUCCCGUGCGUAGUUGUACGGAAUUUGCAGGAGAGGUUCGCAGUACCUUGGUGCUUGGAGUUCCUCUUAAAAAGAGCAUUUUUGCAAAGUGUACCUGUAUAAAUCUCUAAAUUGAAUAUUUGCGCAAUGUUAUCAGAUUGUCUCUCAGAGUAGGUUAUUAGGUUAUGACUAGGAAGCCGUAUACGUUAUUGUGUAACGUUGGCAUCACAACAUAAUCUGUGUUCACAAAAGAAAUUCUCUUCUGUUUCUAUCAAGGAAAAUACGCAAAAUGGAGAUGUUCACCACGUAGCACACUCUGUAUUUGAAAAACAAACAACACAAAAAUCGUAGUUAAUUAACAUAAAAUCAAUACGAGUCUGUACUAUUCCCUCUUGAUAGGUUUCCAAUGCUCUCGUAGCCGAUUGCGCCUCUGGUGUGAAAUUUUGACUCUCGUUCUAGUCAUUUUUUCUAGUCUUGCCGUCACCUUGCCUACUGGGGGUGAUUAUUUCCAUAAGAGCGCAAUACAGAUGCACUGAAAGAAGAGUGAUUGCUUUGGGUGAAGAGAGUGUGCUUUUAUUUUGGUUUUAAUGCAAUUGCCAUGUGGUUUGUUACCGAAGAUGCUUUGGAACAGUACGAGUGCUGUUAUGAAACACCCCAUAUUUAGUGUUGACGUCAAAACAGUACCCACAGUUCAAUACUGAAAAAGAUAAAGUUGAGACCCACCUGUGCUAGAGAACAGCUUAAAGAAAAAUAUAUUGGUAUUGAAAUUCAUGUUGCCUAUAGCUCAAAAGUUCAAACGUUGUGAAAGCUUGUCAAAGGAUGCUAGGUAAUACUAAGAAGGCACGAACUGACCAUGAAUACUCAAUUAAGUGCACGCUGAGAUAAUAUGUAAUGAUAAUAUAUAUAUAUUGUAUAAGCCGUUCUAGUAUACUUCGAGCUACACAAUUUUGCAGACAACUCUAGCCCUGCUUACAUGACUUGCGAACAAACAUGACGGUUUAAGUGUGACGUGGCAAUUGUUUGCUUAAACAGAACACGGGCUGUUUAUUGAGUUUUCUGUACAGUGUUGGACAGUGCCAGACAAGGCUGGCACGCAGUAGCGCACAAUUUGCAUGAGGUAGUGCUUGUAGUAUAAUACUUUGUAUUGCAACAACAUCAGUUUGUUCUGCUUUAAUGGGUGGCAGCAGAUGAGCAUCGUGGUGUAAGCUAUGUCUUUCUUCUUUUUUUCUUUCAUAUUUUUGUUCUUUUUUUUUUUUAAGAGUAAGUAACCCCGGCGCGAGGGAUUUCAUGACUCGAUGGAGUGAAAUUUUAGGGAAGUAACGCCAUAAGUCUUCCCUUCGAACCUAUCGCAAAGAUGAUAACUGUCUAUAUCGUAGAGGCGUAAAGCAGUCUUUACUUAAGUACCAUAAGUUUUUGUACGUCAGCAAGGAUAGGCAAGAAGAGUCCCGUCGCUUAAUUUUAGCCACCCUGUACAACGAGCUUGUUUUCGUUGUCUCAGUAAUACGGUCCGCACACGAGAUCACGCCGCAUCUUCAUCAUCUGUUGUGUAACCCCACGGCGCGAGCGAUACACAUGCAGAGCCCCGCGUGUGCCCCCCCCUCCCCCCCUGUGUUCUUGUCUCACUGGUGCGCCUCCCUUUGCACUAGCCACAAGCCCCCCCGCAGAGUAGUUGCGCAUUCUAUGCUUUGCUCCAGAGAAGUGCUGUCCCACAAAAGCAAAUAAGGGGGAAAAAAAAUGUGUUGCUACCUAGCUUUAGUAUGCAUCUUACUGUACGAGACACGAGAGCCGUGUAAAUAGCUGUUGUGCGCAGCACACGUUCACAAAUUGUAGCGAAGGUAGCGCAGAGGUUGUACACAUUUACACCACAGUGUAGUGCUGAGUUGUUCAUUUUGAUAAUAACGUACGCGCGCCUAUGAUUCUAUAUUACGAUUCCUCGUUAUGCCUUAAAUAAAGAAGUCUAAGAGGAGGACGUCGUGGACAUAGGUUAGCCUGAGUGUGGUGUACCACGGGGGAGAGCUCACACAAUUGAAAUUGUUCUGUUGUUGUUGCUCGGUUGUGCAGAUUGUCCUCCGAGUUGCCCAGUAGCUGUGUAACUUUCCGGAGAUGUGUACUCUAUAAAGAUUUGAAAAUAGUGA